UGCGUGAAGAGAAACGGCGAGCUCGUUUUAAUAACUCACUCACAAAUGCAGUAACUGGUCUGCAGGGCACCCCUCUUGAAACUCGUUUAGGUUUCCUCUCGCUGCGUGGCAUAGAAUUUUCGUCAUGUACGCUUCGUUACUACUGCUCUUAGUGUGGACACUCAUGCUGAGCCCUGGAACAGCCAUCAGCAGUGAAGAGUUUGGGCUGCAUUACGUCAAGGCUUAUUUUGAUGCCAUCGGUGUCGACUUCGAUGACUCCGCUUGCCGCCCUCAGUCGAGGUACAUUACGUCCACCGGUGGGACCAACAUGCCUUUCCAGGCUCAUCCAUUCUCCCAUGCUUUGGAGAACUAUACACAAGCGGCAGAAAAGGUCAUCGACUACAUGGCAAGCGGCGUGAAUGCCUUCAUAGAGAACGCUAACCAGUCCCGUGGACCCAUGAAGGAUCUGCAACUGUUUUUGGAGGUGACCCUGCAGGAUGUCAUCAACGAACCCAAGGUUAACGCAUGCGAGGGCACAUCCCUCUUCAAGCAUGUUGUGAUCGAACCCCAGAAAUACCCGACGGAAGAUGACUCCGAAGCGUUCGUCAACGCAGAGGCUGUGAAGGUGGAGACAAACGCCUUGACCUACGGCUACGUGUGUCCCUCCAUAAAUAUCCCAGCGGAGUCCCACGGAGGUAUUCCGAUAUGA